CUUUAGAGGAGCCUUUUAGCUUAGGAGAAAUAGGGAAACAAGCCAAACAUAUUUUUAACUGCCCUAAUUUUCACGCGAAAAUCCAGGACAAUUUAUUGGAAAGAAAAAAAAAAAGAUUUUGAGGAGAGAAGAACGCUGUCGUUUUAAUGGGUGAUGUGUCUGUAGUCAAAAUCAGAGCGUUUCGAUUCAACGUGUUAGAAUCAUCUGGUAAAUUUCUAUUAGCAUUCAACUAGCCUCAGCAUAUUCGUGUAAAUCUUCAAAUCGAACGCCGAAAGUAGGAGUAGGCGAUCCAUCAGAGAAAGUUCAAAAAUUUAUCAGAGGCCAACAGAGCUCAAAUCCCCACUAGCAACUCAGCUCUUAUUGCAAUGAUUGCCGACGAGGACACGGUGGUUGGGUUUCUGCUUGCUGGUGUGGGUAAUGUUGAAUUGUUGAGAAAGACAAAUUAUCUUAUUGUGGACUCAAAAACCACCGUUAAACAAAUUGAAGAUGCAUUUAAGGAGUUCACAGCAAGGGAGGAUAUUGCUGUUGUGCUGAUUAGCCAAUAUGUCGCAAAUAUGAUAAGGUUUCUGGUGGAUAGCUAUAACAAGCCUGUUCCAGCAAUUUUGGAGAUUCCAUCCAAGGAUCAUCUAUAUGAUCCUGCACAUGAUUCUGUUCUUUCACGAGUUAAAUACCUCUUCUCUGCAGAAUCAGUGGCAUCUGGGAGGCGUUAAAUGCAGAUAUACACUUAUGACUUCUCUAUCUCAUCAUGUGUCUAUUUCCUUCGGUAAUUGUAUAAUAUGACUUAAAUUAUUCUUUCCAGAGAGUUGCAAACGGUUCUCUUCAUAAUUUCUGAGUUACAUAUGCAA